UGUCAUUCUUUCAUUCUUUAUAACUGUCCGAGCAUUUCAUUCAGCAGGUAUCUACAGACGCUAAAUGUAAGCAGAAGAAUGAAGUUAAUGAACAAGCGGAAGUUGAUUGGUUGAAAAACAGUCAAAGGUCAAAGUUUAAAAUGGCGAAUCUUAGCAAACCUUUGGGUAUUAAAUACAGCUGUUAUGAAGUUGGGCAUACUUGGAACCCUUAUUGUUUGCAUGCCACUAAAGAUAUAGCAAAACACGGCUUCAAGGAGGCCCUUAAAAUUUAUACUCUCGUAUACGUGUUUGCAGCCAUUGUCAGAAAACGAGGACUAGAAUACUACAAGAAGCAACUCAUUCCAGAAAUCUUACACUCUUCACUCUUCUUAUCAACAAAUGCUUAUAGUUAUGUGGCAUUCUUCUGCCUGUGGCGAUAUGUUUUUGGAAACAUAUAUUUUUUGACCACUGGUUUUUUACCAGCUGCCUCGGCUGCUUUACUUAGUAUUUGUUUAGAAAGAAAAUCCAGACGUGGUCUCUUAGCGCUCUAUGUGACUAACUUGGCUAUUGAAACUAUGUAUCGGAUGAGUGUCUAUCGUAAAUACAUCAAACCAGUGAAAAACGGAGAGGUGCUGAUGUUUAGUGUUGUCAGUGCUGUGUUUUUGUACCUCUAUAAAUCUAAAGGAGGGCUUUCAACUUCUGUAGCGUCUGUAAUUAGAUUCUUUGUGGGUGCUGAAGAACAUGCAGACUCUACAGAGGAUAGUUACUGUGAAAACGAGCAGAAUUUGGGAGCAAGUCCUUUAAAAUAUAAUUCCAAUAAAUACUUAGAAUAUAUAAAAUCAUUGAAGAAGCGCUUUGAACAGUCUCCACGACAUCCACUAUGCAAACACAAUGAUGGCUGCAUCCAUUAUAUACUACGUGGAUUCUCCAAAAUGGCUGGAGUCGGCUUUGGAUUACAAAUAGCAGUCAAAUUAGUUCCAAAUGUGAUUCGAAUAUUGCGAAAACCAACUCUAUUUUUACAGCUUAUCUGGCAUCAAAAUAAUCUCAAACUUGGUGCUUUUCUAGGAUUAUUUUCUACUGUUUUUCGAGGUUCAAACUGUGCCUUGCGGUGGCUUCGACAAAAAGAUAGCAGUGUAAAUGGGUUUGUGGCAGGGUUUUUAGCUGGUUGGUCCAUGCUGUGUUACAAAAGUUCUACUUUGGCACUUUAUUCAGCUAUGAAGCUACUUCAGGUACUCUAUUUCAAAGGGGUUGAAAAAAAAGCAGUCCCUCAUAUACACUGGGCAGAUAUUUUUCUGUACACACUUUCAACUGCCUUCAUCUUCCAUGUUGCUAUCUUUGAACCCCAUAACCUCCGUCCAAGCUACUGGAAAUUUUUGCUGCGAGUCACAAACAACAAGCUUGGAGAAAUCAACAGACAAAUAUUAAAUGCUUUUCAAACUAAGGCUUCUGAAUUACUUCCCGAUUUCUGGCCAAAUUAUAAUCCUGCCUUUACCAAUUUAAUAAAGCCUGACCAUUUAGCUCAUUAAUUAACCAAUUGUCAACAGAUGUCAAUGAAUAUUCUAGAUUUUCAAGAUAUUUCUAUAAAAAAUGUUUUGUUGUG